CUCUAGAAACCAACGACUUUAAGAGCAAUCAAACUUGAAUAGUUUUUCUUCACUUUUUAGCUAUAUAUAAUGGCUGUUGAUAUAAGACGAACAACAGUGCUAUGCAUGCCAAGGCAACAAUGGCCAGAUAGAGAGAGUAGCCCUGAGAGAACCAAGAUUUGGUUCGAGCCAAAGCCUAAGAAUACCGUGCAAAAAGUUCCCGUCAUUUACUACCUCUCCCGGAAUGGCCAACUUGAGCAUCCUCACUUCAUGGAGGUGCCUCUGAUCUCUUCACCCAAAGGGCUUUAUCUCCAAGAUGUGAUGAACAGACUAAAUUUUCUUCGAGGACAGGACAUGGACAAAUUGUAUUCUUGGUCUUCAAAACGGAGCUACAGAAAUGGAUUUGUGUGGCAAGACUUAUCCAAGAACGAAUUCAUAUACCCGUGUCACGGCCAUGAAUACAUUCUCAAAGGUUCACAACUCUUAGAAACCUGUUUGAGCUUUCGAUCCUAUGAAAGGGCAUCAUCAUCAUCAUCAACGUCAAACAUUUCCACAGAAACAAACAGUUCCAGUGUAGAUUCCAAUGUCCCGGCCAUUCUCAGGAAAAAGAAUCAGUCCUGGAGUUCAUGUGAAGACCUUCGUGAAUAUCAAGUUUACAAGGCCAAAACUGCUGCAGAGUUCGCUGAAAAAGCUGCUAACGCAGCAACACAGACUGAGGUUCACAAGGGGAGGCCUAGAGGGAAAGAUAUCGAAGAGAUGGAAGGGAGUGGUGAAACUAAGCCGAGUGCAGAAGAGGUUUCUUCAUCACUUUCAAAGUCUAGCUUGGAAAAGUGUUCGAAGAUUGAUAAUGGAUCAGCAGAUUCAGGAAUUCCGACUGUGGAACACGACCGACUUCCCAGUGGGAGGAUGAAGGCAUCUACGGUGUUGAUGCAGUUGAUCGGAUGUGGAUCAAGAAGGAUUAAAGAUUUGUGAGUACUCAACUUACAGCGAUUCAAGUAUUGAGGGUGUGACAGAAUAUGGAGUACAGCUUAAUGAAUUGUAUUGCAUAUGAGAGAGAGAG